AGAGAAAGAGAGAGGGAGAGAGAGGAGUGAAGAGGAAUAUUGCAAGACUAAGAAGGAUCAGCUGAUGUGCUUGUGGAUUUGUCUGUUCGGAGUCGUCGGCACCUGCUUUCCCGCAGUCCGUGAGAAGCUAGCCAUGGCGUGGAGGCACCGCUCGACCAAGGAGAAGACCCACCUCGGAGUGAUUGGCUUCCUCUCCUUCGCUCUGUUCUGCUUCAUCAUUGCCGUCAUUGCUAUGGAUCUGUCCUUCAAAGCCAAGAUUAACAACCUGGAGGACGAACUGGAUGACUACAAGAGCACCACCACAGACAUCACCAACACCACAGACAUCACCAACACCACAGACACCCCUACCACCACCACCACUCCACCUACCACCACCACCACUCCACCUACCACCACCCCUACUCCACCUUCCACCACCACCACUACCCCCAAACCUACCACUACAACAACGAUCCCAACCACUACUACAACCUCAUCUUCUACUACUACAACUUCUACAUCAACAACAACUACAAUUUCUACAACUAAAAAAUUCAUCAGGAAGGCAGAUCAAGAUUAUGAAGGUGAAGGUGAAGAGGAGGAGGAGGAGGAGGAGGAGGAGGAGGAGGAGGAGGAGGAGGAGGAGGAGGAGGGGGAGGAGGAGGGGGGACAAAUAAUGAAAGGUGAAAAUGGUGAGAAGAUGAUGGAAGAAUCACUGUUGAUAAAGAAGCUCAAGGCAAGUGAAUAAGUCCCCUUCUUCUUCUUCUUCUUCUUCUUCUUCUUCUUCUUCUUCUUCUUCUUCUUCUUCUUCUUCUUCUUAAUCCUUUUCAUCUUCCUCUUCUCAUCAUUCUCUUCUUUCAUCUUCUCUUCUUUAUUCU